GCGGUAGGAUACUGGAUCACCGGCACCGCCUUCCUCUCCGCUCCAGCGCUCGUCGCCGGCGAGCGAUUCGGUCUCUGUCUCCCGCGUUAUUCGAGCUCCUCUCCCAUCUCUGAGGCUGUGGAUCUCUCCGAUUCCUGUGCGGGCCUCCGAGCCUGAGGGAUCUUGCGCCAUUUGGACUCCAAGAACCGAUCCUUCCGCCCUCCACUUGUCACCUCUGCGACGCCCUCUUCCUCCUCCUCAAAAGGAGUUGCCUAGGGAAAGGGAGACGACCAAUGGCCGGAUUAGCCAGGAGUUCUCGCGUGGGUAAGCGCCAUGCCUCCUCCACAUCCAUGUCCUCCUUCUCCUACUAUGUCACCAUCGUAGUUUUCGUCGCCUUUUGCAUCGUCGGCGUGUGGAUGGUCUCUUCAUCUAACGUCUCCCCGCCUAGAUCCACAACUGCUGCUCGUGUAUCUUCUUUUUCCUCCUCCAAAUCUGGCGCUUCUCGCAUUGUCGCCUUCAGAGAUCCUCCUCUCGACACGGAGGAGGAUUCGCAGAGCAGCCUACAUGAAAUCUCCACAAAGGGAAAUGGUGACAGCGUUGACGAGGACGAGAAAUCGGGUUAUAAGAUAUCUUCAUUGAGAGAAUGGAAGGGAUCCGAUCGAGAAAAUGAGGGCGAAGAGGAUGGGAGCAAGUCCAUUGUUGAAGAUGAAUCUAAAGGCAAGCAGGAGGCUGAGGAGGUAGAUGAGUCGCCAAGGGGCGGAAUGGAAGAGAAGAAGGAAGACGAAGAGGGUAAAAAGAGCGGCGACUUGGACGGAGGAACCGAGGAGGAGGGCAAGCGGCUGAGCGAGGAGGCGACCCAUGAACUGGAGCUGAGAGAGCACGACGAUCAGCUGCCCUCCGGCGGCGACGGCGACGGUGACGGCGAGGGGAACAAGAUGCACCAACCGCAGCAGAUUGAGGGCGAAAGCCAAGAGGAGCAGACACACGAGGAGCAUCAGAGGCAACACGACGAACAGCUCCCGCAAGACAGCCAGGAGGAGCAAAUACAGGAAGAGAACCAGAGGCAACGCGACGAGCAGCUUCCGGGCGAUAGUCAAGAGGUGGAAAACCAAGAGGAACAGCAGAAGCAACAAGACGAACGGCUUCCGGGUGACAGAGAAGAAGACAACCAGCAAGGACCACUGCAGACGGCACUUGACAACAUAGCCGAGGAGGACCGUGAGCAAGUCGAGGAGAAGAUACGACAAGUUACCAAUGAGAAUGGGCAAGAAACAAAUGCGGCAGAGGAGGGGCAACAGGAGAAAAUAGAGGAAGAAUCACUAAAUGAGGGGCAGCAGCAUCAACAAGCAGAGACAGGAGAAAAUUCAGAAGACCAGCAGCAUCAAAGCAUAGAAAUUGGAGGCGAUGAAGAAGGCCAGCAGCAGCAGCAGCCAUCAGAACGACAGAUGGAAGAGGAAAGUUCAACUGAGCCAAGAGAAGUAAACAAGGAGCCACAGAGUGACGAGAGCCGCGUUGAAUACUCUGAUAACAAUAAGGAAAGGAGAAAAGAGGAGGAUUUGCGAUCGAUCGAAGAAGGUGGUGGUGGUGAUAACGUGGAGGGAAGCGUUGGGAAUUCACUUGGAGAGGAGUGGAAGCUGUGUAAUGUUACUGCUGGUGCCGAUUACAUUCCUUGUCUUGACAAUGAGAAGGCCAUCAAGAAGCUGCACAACUUGAAACAUUUCCAGCACCGCGAGCGGCACUGCCCAGAGGAAAGUCCGACAUGCCUGGUUCCCCUUCCUGUUGGGUACAGACGAUCCAUUGAGUGGCCAAAGAGUAGAGAUAGGAUAUGGUACAACAAUGUACCUCGCACAAAGCUUGCAGAAGUGAAGGGACAUCAAAAUUGGGUCAAAGUUGCAGGAGAUUACUUGACGUUCCCUGGAGGUGGAACGCAAUUUAUACACGGGGCACUUCACUAUAUAGACUUCAUUCAGCAGUCUGUACGUGGUAUUACAUGGGGCAAACAUACACGUGUGAUACUGGAUGUUGGCUGUGGUGUUGCAAGCUUCGGAGGCUAUCUCUUUGACAGAGAUGUUCUUGCAAUGUCUUUUGCUCCAAAAGAUGAACAUGAAGCUCAAGUUCAAUUUGCACUUGAACGAGGAAUCCCCGCAAUAUCCGCUGUCAUGGGCUCUCAGCGUCUACCAUUUCCCAGCAAUGUCUUCGAUGUUGUUCACUGUGCACGCUGUCGUGUCCCAUGGCAUGCGGAAGGCGGCACUCUUCUCUUAGAACUAAACCGUGUCUUACGACCCGGGGGAUUUUUUGUCUGGUCAGCGACACCAGUCUAUCAGAAGCUCCAAGAAGAUGUGGAGAUCUGGAAAGCAAUGCGAUCUCUCACUGCAUCCAUGUGCUGGGAACUUGUUGCGAUCAGAAAGGAUAGAUUGAACUCUGUUGGAGCUGCCUUCUUUCGGAAACCUGUUUCAAAUGAGUGCUAUGACAAGAGAAAGACUAGCAAUCCACCCAUGUGUAAAGAGACUGACAAUCCCAACGCAGCUUGGUACAUUCCCUUGGAAACCUGCAUGCAUAGAGUUCCAGUCGAACGGUCAGAACGAGGAUCGCAGUGGCCCAAGGACUGGCCUCUCAGAUUGCAGGUUCCCCCUUCCUGGUUGAAUAGCUCUCAGACAGGAGUCUAUGGGAAGCCAGCUCCUGUCGACUUCAAGGUCGACUACGAACACUGGAAGCGAGUCGUGGAGAAAUCUUAUCUAUCUGGUUUGGGCAUCAACUGGUCCAGAGUCAGAAACGUUAUGGACAUGAGAUCAAUCUAUGGAGGGUUCGCAGCUGCACUCAAAGAUCUAAAGAUCUGGGUGAUGAAUGUUGUGAACGUCGAUGGCCCGGACACACUGCCAAUCAUCUACGAGCGUGGGCUUUUCGGCAUAUACCAUGACUGGUGUGAAUCCUUCAGCACCUACCCGAGAACCUACGACCUGCUGCAUGCCGAUCACUUGUUCUCGAGCAUAAAGAAGAGAUGCGACAUUGUGCCUUUGAUAGCUGAGGUCGAUAGGAUAGUGAGGCCCGGUGGGAAAAUUAUCGUCCGCGACGAUUCUGCCACCGCGAGUGAAGUGGAGAGUCUGUUGAAAUCGCUCCACUGGAACGUACGCCUGACCUUCUCCAAGAACCGAGAGGGGGUGGUUUUCGCAGAGAAGUCAGAUUGGCGGCCCAAUAAAUUAGCUGCUGCUGCUGCUUGAACGGACGCGAUCGGCAAGAACAUCAUCUCCCGUGUCAUCGCCACCUUGCCAUUUCUUUGGUUCGGUUUCAAAUUUUCUGAUUUACUUGAGUAAAUCAUAGUUUUCGAAAAUUUUCACUCUUUAUGCUAUCAGAUUUUGUAAGUUUCAGCGCGUGCAAUUAGAAUUUAAUGCAUUUAUGGCA